AUGUGUAUCACUUUUUAUCAAAAUUAUCUUGGAUCUUUCUUUUUCUCUCUCUAUCUCUCUCUACCUCUCUCUACCCCUCUCUCUCUCUCUCUCUCUCCUUUCCUCUCAUCCCUUUCUCGUGUUUCUCUUUCUUUUCACAAUCAUCUGUUUCCUUGUCUUGCGUUAAGUCUCUGUCUCCUUCACAAAAUUGUCGAUUUCUCUUUUCUCUCUUUCUCUAAUCAUUUCUAUCAAAUCUCUCAAUCAAUUCUCUCUUUCUCUAAUCAUUUCUAUCAAAUCUCUCAAUCAAUUCUCUCUUUCUCUCAUCAUUUCUAUCAAAUCUCUCAAUCAAUUCUCUCUUUCUCUCAUCAUUUCUAUCAAAUCUCUCAAUCAAUUCUCUCUUUCUCUAAUCAUUUCCUCUAUCAAUCUUCUCUCUAUAUAUCUUUUGUUUUUCUCUGUAUUUCUUUCUCAACAUUCUCACUCUUUCUCUCUCUCUCUCUUUUCUCAAUAUUCUUUCUCUCUCUCUCUUUCUCCAUCUCUCUUUCAAUCCUGUAUUUCUCUAUCUCAAUAUUGUCUAUUUUCUCUCUCUCUCUCUCUCUCUCUCUCUCUCUUGCCAAUCAACCUCAUUCUCAACAUUCUCUCUCUCCCUCUCUCAACAUUAUUCCUCUCAAUUUUUCACAAUUUUAA